AUGGAUGAUUAUGGAGAAGAUGUUGGAUGGGAUGAAGCAGCCGUGAGUUAAUUUUCUGUAACAUAUUUCCUCUUUUGUUACCUGUUGUUCUUCAUAAAAAGGCUAAACCUCAGAAUACCCGGCACUGAAAUAUUCCCCAACAACUCCUGCUACCGCGGUCUGCGGUCCGCAGUGCAGUGAAGCGAAACGAGCACACUAUACAUUUAAUAUACCUCAUUUAACUGUGAGAUGUCUGAACCCACGAAUUAUGUAUCGGUCAAAUCGAAGCUUCAACAUGCCCCCCCCGGGCAACCCCCCGGGCAUUUGACUUUUUUGAAAAUUAUUGUUCAAAUUCCCCCCUACCCGGGCCACAAUGCCAUUCAAAUGCCCCACUUUAGGGUCCAUUCAGGUGAUCAAAUGCCCCCACCCCGGGGACAUUUCACAAGCACAAAAAUGACAGAAGGACAGCGGAAACGCCUUCAGAUGUCGAACAGAAUCUUUAUAAAUAUAACAAAAACUGAGAAACACUGAUAGCGUAUUUACUAAGAACAAAAAACUGGUGCAAAGCGGUGGAAAUCGCUGCUACAAGGUCACUGAAUGCUCAGCUUUUCUUCAUCAUGCAACAUACAGAGCGUUCCAUAAAAAAAGAUCCCACCUACUGAGAUUACUACAUCAUGACCAUUUCACUGACAUGCACCAUCGCUCACCGUAUAGGUAUAAAUUAACAUACUUGCAGUAGGUCAAAGUAGUUGACAUGAGCUUUUUAUUUUAUUUUAUUUUAUUUUAUGUUGUUGCAUUGAAUCGCUGGUAUAGGUAUUGUAUUUCAUUGUAAACACAACAAUAACAUACAUUCAUACAUUCAAAGCCUGAAUCCAAUAUUAAAAAAUUUAAAAUUCAAAUACUUCAAAAACGGCACAAAGCUUGUUUAAACCCUUUCCUCGUAACCAACUGGCCACAAAGGCACAAUCUUUUCCACCAAAAUCCUCUAACACCGUGUCCCCCAUCAUAGCUCCCCACGCCAAAGACUUUACAUGAAAUCGAAGGCGCAGUUCAAAUUCCCCACCCCUAAAGCAUGGGGAUCAAAUUCCCCACCCCCUGGAAGACUCUGAUAAUCAAAUUCCCUCCUCCCCGGGACGGCAAAGGUGUCAAAUGCCCGGGGUAUGCCCGGGGGGGGCAUGUUGAAGCUUCGAUUUGACCGAUACAUUAUUUCAUAAUUAGGCUGAGUAUGGUUGUCUGGGUGAACUUAGUCCUGAAUAGGAUUGUUGUUGCUGACUGUCACUGUCAGCAACAACAGUCCUAUUUAGGACUACGUUCACCCUGGUCAAUCAUACUCAGUCUACGUAUACCUUAUGUAAUCCAAAAAUCCCAACAAAGCCAGUUUAAAAUAACCAAGUGUAUACCUGCCAACUCUCACGCCUUAGGCGUGAGUCUCACGCCUGUGGGUUGAAAACUUUGAUCUCACGCCGGCUCACGCUUGCGGGCCAAUUUCUCACGCCUGAUUGAAAAAUGUGAGUUGUUGCCAUCUUGCUUGACACAAUUUCCAAAACUAUGUUAACUCAGACCCAUUUAAGGUACGAAAACCAUGUGUAAAAUGAAUAAAUGACAAUACCUUCCUCGUGAUCUCUGAUUUUUGAAGUGAAAAGCACUGGGAGCGAGCUCGCGUUUAUACGCAUCCUAAGACUGGGACUGGGAAAUGCGAGGGCUGUUUCCGCUUUCGGCAGACUUCGGAUGUCUUCGGAAGACUUCGGACUUCUUCGGGAAUCUUCGGAAAUGAUCGUGUCGUCUUCAAAAAUCCCAGCACUCCCAGGAUAAAAAUCUCACACUUAUAUCUCAGAAAAAGUUGGCAGGUAUACAAGUGGAUAUACGUACAGGACCUAUUUGCUAUUCAUAUGGGAUUGUUCUUACAAUAGUGAUUCGGAUUAAGCACUGACCAUAACUAGGGUUAAAGCCCUGAGAAUAGUGAUAAGGGUUAAGAAAUGAGCAUAGUGAUUAGGGUUAAACACAGACUCGAAACAGUAAGCUUCGACUUAGAGUUCAGGUUGUUGCUAUUUUGGUUUAAAUCAAUUAACCCUUCAUCAGCAGUGAACAGUAGUCAGUAGUCUAGUGGUUUAGGUGGUAGACUAAAGACCUAUGCUCUGGUUUCGAGUCCCUCUCUUGCUACUCUGAAUUUUUUCCUUAAAAAUUGAAGAGACUUAUACUUUCAUGAACACUUGCUGAGCAGAGCGAAAGCUUACAAAUAAACUACGGCCACAAAUUUAUGUCUGUAGAAAGAAUCCGGUAUGAAUAGUAAAUACAAUUCGGUGUACAGAUCCCAUAUGAAUGGCCACUAAGUUAAAAUAUAGAAGCCAUUCUAGUAAACUUUCAGCUGUUUAUGUUAAAACUUGUCUAAAUUCACAGUCAAUUACUUCAGGGCUAGAGACCGAGAGGUAGCAGUGAGUUUAAACACUUAGUCAAUUUCAAAUUCACUGACUAUGGAACUAGGGACUACAGACGGCAGAAGCGAUACAGUUACACACUUAGUCAGUUUCUAUAUCAGGAAAGUCCUCCACGAUCAGAAUUUCACUGUUUUCCCAUCUUCCAGGAUUUUAUCAACAUGUCAAAAAGAUCUAAUGGUCUUUUCUGGAUGCCAUUUUAAUUUAUAAGGGAAAAGGGAUGGACGGACAGACAGACAGCGGGAUGGACAGAUGCAUGGAUUUUUGAUUACUUAUUUCUACUCUAUGAGUUUAAGAAAGUGUUAUUAAAUAUAAAGAACAGAUGCAAGGAAGGAUGGACAGAAGGACUGGACGGACCAGCCAGAAUUAAGAUUUGUAAAUGUUGUCUUUUAAUGUUAGUCUCAAAAUUUUUUUGAACUCUUACCCAUGAAUAUCAUUUUGGCAGCAUGUUAGUAUUUUUGAUUACUUAUUACUACUCUAUGAGUUUAAAAAAGUGUAUAAAAUAUAACUGAUGGACGAAGAGAUGGAUGGACAGAUGGACAGAUGGAUGGAUGGACCGUUGGACUUGACAGACUGGACAGACUGAAUGGACUGGAUUGCUGGUCGGCCGGCCGGCUGGCGGGAUUAAACAGCCAGACUAGACGGACUGGAUUGUAGGAUUUUGUGAGAACUAUGGGUGAUUAUUGUUUUUGCGCAGUUGCAAUCCUCCAACUGCAUGACUCAAGGCUUUCUUCUUACAAAUUCACAUGGCAUCUGGGACAAACGCUUGGGUUUUCUUGUCACGUCAGCAAAAUCUUGAAUGUUGGGGAAACAUUCUGCGAUAGUCUGUGGUUUUCCGUGCAUAUGAAAUCCAGGCUUAAGACUUAAGUUCAUGAAUAAUUCAUUUGACCAUGCAUUCCUUUGAAGAAAAUUGCAUCAUAGUUAGCUGAAAUCUCUUUGUUUAUUGCUUUUAGUUAAGCCCAUCGGACGAAAGGAGAGACAAUGAAGUUAUUAUACAAGAGUGUAUGCAGAACUUUGCAGCAAAAGAUUUUAUCAUGGAGCCAGAUAUUUUUAACAACAUUAGAAGGUCAGUGGUGUAUAGUAUACCUGUAUUUUGUUGUCUGUCUGGUUUUUAAAUCAUUGAAAUUCCAUACUGACCAUCCAGCUGUCAAGACCACUAAACUACUAUACCUUUUUUUUACCAAGUCUGACUGUCCAGUACAGUCACACUCAGCUUUAGGGACACCUGCUUGAUUCAGACACCUUAUUAGUGCAGACAGUUUGCUUCAUCCUUAGGGAAAGAAAGCCCUUGCAUUUUCUCUAAAUUCAACCCAGUUAAUAUGGACACUUUCUAUGCUCCCCUAAGUGUCGGUAUUAUGGGGGUUUGACUGUGUUAAUUUGGUCAUUGUAAUGCAAUCCCUUGCUUUGUCUCAGUAUCUUAACCUGUUAAGUCCCAAAAGCGACCAUUGUCAAUUUUCUCCUAACAAUAUCCAUAUGUUGCCGAGAGAAAUGGUUAUGAGAAUUAAUAAAAUGAUCACUAAAGAGAAAAUGCUUUGAUCUGUUAUCAAACUCUCUCAACUAAUUCUUUAAAGAAAUGUAUGAAGAUCAGUAUGGAGAGUUUAAAUGUGGAUAUUUGGGGCUAAAGGGAUAAUUCACUACCUUAUUAUAGGAAAUUAACGCUCCAUGAAAUUAAGGUAUUGGAAAUUAAUGCGACUUAAAUUAACACAAAUUUAAUGGAAAAUGACUUUUGAAUAAAGAAAAUUAAUGUGAAAGAGGAGGUAGAGUUUCAUAAUAAAGGAAAUUAAUGCGAUUAAGACACAGUUGGUGGUGACAACUGGAACAAAUUUAUUUCAACACUGGAUGCAAAAAAAAUUCAGAACUGAACAAAACUGAGCUGACAUUACUUCUGACAGCGACAACAAUGAAGAUGAACUCGAAAUAUUGUAAACCUUCGCCUUAGCUUUUGUGAAAGAUGAAAAAUAAAGGGUAAAUGGAAAGAAAGAAAACUUGUAGUUAAUUUUUUUUAGGUGUCAAGAAUGUCUGGACAGGUUCCAAAAUUGGGGUUAAAAUACUGGAAAUUAAGAGCGCAGAAAUUAAUGCUGCACUUAAUUAACAUCACAGAAAUUAACGCUCAACAAAAUUAACGCGACUUAAAUUAACACGAAUUUUAACGAUUCUCGUUAAUUUCAUGGAGCCUUAAUUUCCUAUAAUAAGGUAUAUCUCCAAAGUAAAUUUUGUUGAUAUUAUGAAACAAUCAACCCCUUAUACAGGUAUUACCACGCAGGAGGAAUUCCUGAAGAAAUGGUGAAGCUUUUAUCAGAGAAUUAUUCUGGAAUAGCUCAAAGUACAAAUCUCCUUGCCAACUGGUUGAUUGUAACAGGUAAAUUGCAUUCUUUUUUAUUUUUUCUUCCCUUUUUGAUAAAUAAAAUUAUCAUUAUAUUUGAAGGUAGCCUUGCAUACUUUUUAUGCCAAAGCUUCAAACAUUUUUGUGUAUAACAAAUUCUGUUAACUUCUGCUUAUAAGCCCUAGGCUUGUACAACUUUGUAAAAGGUUUUAGGAAGGCUUUAUAUAAACAGCGAGGUUAAUAACUGGACUAAAAAAGCGUUUCAAAACAAGUUGCAUAGCAGUGCUGAUCACAAUACUCUUUGAAGUUACUUGCUUUUUUAAGCUUCAAAACAGCAUAACAACCCAUUUCAUUUCAAUACAAGAUAGACAGGGGGGGCCUAUAUCUGGAGGGCGGGUGCUUAUAGCCAGAUAUGUUUUUUGUUUACUUAUAGAUGGACCUACAUGUAUUACUGGGGGGGAGCUUAUAAGCAGAAGUUUCCAGUUCAAAUAUUUUUAUCUUUUUGUCCAUUGAAUUUGGUAAGUUUAAUGUAACAAGCUAAAAACAAAGGAAAAUAAAAAAAAUCAGGAGCCUCCAUUCAUGAGCUAUCUCAAUGUCAAUCUAAUUUUUCCCUCAAUGAUACAUUAAUUCCUUAUUGAUCACAUUUAUUGCUGGUUUUCAUGUGACGUCAUAAGAGUCCAUGUUGGUGAUCAAGAACAAAAGCAUUUCUUUCCUCUUGGAACCAAACUCAAUUUUUAUUUAAAUUCUACAAACAAAUGUUUAUUGACCACCACCAUGGCCACCUUGUCAGGUGUUUAGAAACCAAGAACAGUCAAAUUUCUUCAUUUGUACUGCAACAAUUUAUUAAUAGUUCGCUUAUUAAAAUGAUGUUACCUUUUCCUAUCUGCUGAUCAUCAUGGUCACCUCAGUCUAUGCUGACUGUGAAAAAAAGCCACUUUAGUUUGGCCCAACUGUAUUUCCAACUAACACAUUGAACUGUUUAUUGGAACAGGAGCCAAAGUACCUGAUGUUGAGCAGAUGGUAGAAAACCACCUUGAAACUCUCAUUAUCAAGCAUUUCGACCCAAAGAAAGCUGACUCUAUCUUUUCUGCAGAAGGAGAGGUAAAUUUAUCAUCCAUCAUCCCGUCAACGUUGUUAAUCUUCAAUUUCUUAAAUAUUCAGACUGAGCAAGAUAAUGUUUAUCAUUCCACUUAAACUUGACUUUGUUGCUUUCCAAAUGAAGAGCUUACUUGCAGACUAAGACCAGGGGCCAGUUUCUCGAAGCUCCCGGUAAUUACCGGGCCCGUUAAGCUGUUUUGUUUUCCAUUUUAGAAGGGAGUUUAAAAAGUUUUGAAAUUGACACAGUAGAGUUAUUAGCUAACGAAACAAAAUGGACUUCAUUAGAGGUCAGAACACACCCUACUUUUCUUGAGACUUUGAUUUAAAAAUAUGAUUCCGCGCCCGUUAAGUUACCGGGACUUUCGAGAAACGGGCCCCUGGCCCCAGUUGUUCUAAAGGUGGAUAACGCUAUCCACUGGGUAAAACUCUAUCCAGUAGAUAAGGCAAUUGGUUUUCCUAAUACUUAUCCACUGGAUAGUGAUUUAUCCAGUACAUAGCACUAUCCAACAUGUGAACAACCGGGGCCUGUACUAUAUGUUUUUUACCUUUAAUUUAUUAUUAUACAGUCAAAGAUCUUGUAAGCAACCACCUCUGAAAUUCGAAAAAGUGGUCACAACUAGAGCUGGUUGCUUAUGCGAAGAACUCUCAUAAGGGACCGCAUGGUAAAACAUUAGAGGGGGAUUGCUUAGGAGAGCUUCAGAAACACAUCAAAAAUUCAUUAAAAAAACAAUAGCAGUUAGUGUUAAAUGAUUGAGUGUCUUUAUUUCUGAGGCAUGGCUAAACUUUACGUCUAAUUUCCAAAACCAAAAUAACCCAAGAUCUUUAUCAACGAACCAUUAGCGCAAUUUGUAGUUUCAUUUAAGUGUUGACUGAUAUGAAUAAGUCUCUCAGCAGUUGCUUAUCAGAGCUUAAAAAGAAAGGAAAAGUCAAGUUGGGUAAUCUCAAAAGUGUUCACGGUUGCUUAAGGGAGGGGUCACUUAUGAGAAGUUUUCAUUACAAAGUUCAUGUCACAGCUCAAAUGGAGUUUCACAAAGGUGGUCAUAACUAGAGCUGGUUGCUUACAAGAGUGGUUGCAACGAGAUCUUUGACUGUAUUUUAUAGAAAAUGAAUUUUGCCAGUCAAGCAAUGACAAUAAUGUUUUUAUUUACAGCCAUUAAGACUGAUUAACUUUGUUUUAACGUUCCAUUCUCAUGGUAUGAUUUUAUUAGACUCCAUCUUGGUUAGAAGAUAUGAUUGUUCAUCAGACAUGGAGAUCUAUGUUUUAUAAACUAGCUGAACAACAUCCUGACUGCCUGAUGCUUAACUUUACCAUCAAGGUAAUAAUUUGAUGAUUAACACACAAAAGAUGUAUUAGUAGUUAAAAAAAUUAUUGGCCAGGAAAACCACUUCAUUUUGCACAAGAUUUGCGAGGCCAUAAACAUUCAUGUUUGGCUACCAACAGUGAACCUUGAUCAGGGCUAUACCACAUCUCCCAAUUUAUGGAACAAAUAAUAGCAAGCAAAUAAUAGCAAGCAUCACAGAUGAACUAACUUUGCUGCUUCUUUAGGGUGAUUGAUAUGCGUCCAUAGAUAAAAAUUUGUUGUUAAAUACAAACCUAACAGUUUGGAAUUUGUGUCUUAAAUCCACAGUACAUGAUUGUAUACCGUGUCAUAAAUUGGAAAAUAGACUAAGUGCUCAACAGAUAUACGUGGCUGCUAGCAUGUUUUUUUGAUAUUGAAAAAGAUAAAUUUUCCCACUUAUCACAUUAAUUAAAAUGUCUCAUAUUUCAAAUAAAAACUACUUAAUCUUUCCAAAAGUUUUCUUAUUACAUGUGCCGAACUAAGGAGCUGUAAAUCCAGCACUCUAACCUCUUGGUCCUGGAACCUCCUCAUUUGAUUGCAUUUAUUUUCAGUGCUGGAAAUAAAGCAAGAAUAUUUCAUAACAAAAGAUAGCCCACAAUUCCUAGCAUUGUAUACAUUACCACCAUUCUUCCUAUUGUGCGCAUUUGUAUAAAACAUCGUAGAGGGUGGUCAGCAACCCACCAUCCACCCUCCCACACCCCCCCCUCCCCCAGGCAUGAUUUGGUGCACUGCCUUCAAUGCAUGUGAAUAUACUGCUGUCCACACCUUUGGACAGUGACCAUUUUCACCUCUCCAUAUCUCAUUGUAUAUCAUGUGUGUAUUGUACGUAGUGAGAAUGGAAUGAAUGUUUCUAUUUUUUCCAGCUGAUUUCUGAUGCUGGUUAUCAAGGAGAAAUCACCAGUGUAUCAACAGCUUGUCAACAGAUUGAAGUGUUUUCACGUGUCCUCAAAACAUCUGCUUGCAGUUUCUUAGAGGAAGGAGAACAGACAUUUGAAAACAACUUGCCAGAAUUUUCUGUAAGUUUAUGGCAUGUUUAAUAUUAGUACCUUAGUUUGUUCAGGUCAGAAAUGUUUGGAUAUUAUUCAGUCUAGCCCUGUCAAGGUCUUGGUAAGUGUUAUCACCCUUCUUCUCGUAUUUCGUCUUAUUCCGGAUAUCACAAAAACGGAAUCUAAUAAUUGUUUACAAGUUGCAUGCAGGCCAUGACUUACAACUUCUCUCUGAACUGAAUCACCUGGGACAUGAAAGAUCCACUAGAGAUGUAGCACUCUCUGACAGUGACCAUUCUGGUGUCUGCACUUUAUCUGUUAUUGUUGUUGGAAUGGGUAGGGAAGGAAACUUGGGAAGCAUGGAAUUUGAAUUUGACAUCACAUAAUAUCUGAUAUUAUGGAAAAACUUAAUCAUAUUAUGGAGUAAUAUGAUGCAAAAAAACCAUGACUACCGUAAAUCCUCUAUUAAGCCCCUGGAAAGCUUAUCCAUCUCAGACACAUUUAAUAAGGGGCUUAAUAGAGGUGGGGGGCUUAUUUAAUUUAACAAAUACAAUCACUGAUGGUAUCAGUUUUCCAUAAAGAACUAGAAUACAAAGUGUAAAAGCUCAAGUACUAGAAGUUGAAGGUCAUGCAGCUGCCAGAGGAUCAAAAACAAUUUAUUCUGAACCUCCAUUUGGGGAAUGAACCAUCCUGGAUCAGUCCACACGAAGUUUUACAAUUGUGAUUGAUUAAUACAGUCUAUUGUUUAUUCGUGAAGAUUAAUAAGGGGGAGAAGAGAGGGGGCUUAUUAACUUUCUUCCCCUAAAAAGGGGGGGGGGGGCUGGGCUUAUUGGAGAGAGGCGGCUUAUUUAAGAGGGGGGCUUAAUUUCCUUUUCUUUUUACUAUUUCUUCUAUUUUCAGAAAAAAGUUUGCUAUGGACAACACACAUACUUGUAUGCUCAGUGCUUGUUGAAUCACAUUGCUCAAAACACAGAUGGAGGCAAUAAAUUAAUAAGAAUUAGUCAAGAACUUCAAAAAACAGCAGUUGAAAGGUAAUAUUUUAUUUUUCAGGUUUUAAGAACUGUGUGUAAACAUUGAUUCACUAACAUCACUGCCCAAUGGAUUGAAAAAAAAAAUGCAGUAUCCAGUUAUUCAGACCUCCUGAGGAAAUGCAGUUUGAUGAAAGAUAAGACUCUGUAAAAUUAGCCACAUACUGAGUCACACGAUGAAUUCCAUGACAUGCAGAUUGUAUUAAUAAUGGCAGAAAGAGAUACUACCAUUAAGUAGAGAUACACAAGUGUUUAGACAGUGGAACUGUAGUGAAUCCAGUUUUUUUAACACUAUUUGAAGAAAUGGAUCUAACUGUAUACUUCAAUACUUGAGCAAUCCUUGAAUUGGUAAAGAAAAUGUAUCUCUUAUUUUCAGUGGUCAUGAAGUAACAGAGAUUACCCUGUCAUUGAAUGGUGCUUCAGCUUAUCCCAGAGCAUAUUCAGCCCUUUCUUCCAUGCUUGGAAAAAACUCUCUUAACCCAGGGGAUAUCACUGUGGUGAGUUGUCUGUAUUGUCCCUUAUGCCAGACCAAAAUGUUUUGCUGUGAAUUUAUUUUUCCUGGCCUUUGCAGUUUGAUUUAGUGAUGGAACCCCCUCCAGCCUGAGCAAACAGCAGACAUUCUUAUGACACCGCCACUGGUUGCCCCGUAAAAUGACCUCUGAGGAACAUGUGCAGAAAUUCAAUACUGAUGAAGCAUCACUACCCAACUCUAGGUUGUGCUUCUGAUUGGAUGAAGAAAAUGAAGCACUAUACAGAUAAGGAUAGUGACUCGUCAUCAGUGUGGAACUUCUGCGCUCAUUCCCCAGAUGUCAUACCAGGGGUGGCAUUGUGAGAUGUUGGCUGUUUUCUUGCGGCUAGGACCUCACCUUACAUGUUUGACUACCCUAUCCUCAUUUGCCCAACAACACUCAUGGCUGUUUAUUUUAAGACUAUGGUUAACAACAAUCAGUUUAUUGGAAUCCCAGAUCUCACUAUACGUAUUUAGUUUUAAGUAGAUGAAAGCUUUUUUCCACUGCUCUAUAUGCAUACUCUUGACUGUUCACAAUGAAUGGCCUCUAUAUACUAGGAUUUGACAAAGUAAAAAUGACUUGGAAUGCAACUUAGUUAAGGGCUCACUUAGCUUUAUAUAAAUAACUGACUCUCAGCCUUUUUUUACUUGAUUUUGAAUACAUUAUUUUUAUUACUUUUUUCUGUUCUUUAGCUGUACAAGUUAUUUAGCAGUUCUCAACCUCCUCCCUGUGCACUCAUUAGGGUGCCACAGUUUUUAGGUAAUGCAUUUCUUAUUUCACAUUCUUUGUAGAAAUAUAUCAAUAAUGGAGCCUGGUCCCUGUUAAUAAACUCAAGCAUCUCAUUAUUCGAUAUCCAGACAAGGAGAAAUGUGUUGAAAAGUGAGGUGCAGCUUAGUUUUUAUGAGGUGUCUCAAUAUCGUAUGAAACACUGUGUGAAGUGUUCGAUAUAGCUUUACAAAUUCACAAUAAUUCUACAUGAAAUUCAAAUCUAAAGUUUGCAAGAUUUGGUGAUAAUAACAAUCCAACAUCUAAGCAAUUGUCAGUACUUUGUUGUUGGUACUUUCGUGCUAAAUACAUUGACACUCUAGUAAAGUGCUUUUUUUUUUAGUGAUUUCCGUAAACUGUUUCUUCUUCAUGAGCUAUUACAGCGCGACUGCUCGAACUAGGGCACUUGAAACACGAUUAUCCAAUCACAACGUUUUUUUAAAACAAAAGAUUCUCAAGUUUUGUUUUUGCAAACGGACCAAUAACAUUCAUAAAUUUGAGGGCUGUUCCCUGAGGGUUUAGGUAAGUUCAAAGAGUUUAAAGUUUUCAACGGUUGCACAGUUGAAGCUUGAAUUUUAUUGGUCCUUAGCAAAAAGAAUGGAGACUGUUUUAUUUUCAAAAAAAAAAAGUGUUGUGAUUGCAUAAUCUUGUUCUAAGUGUCCCAGUUUGAGUAGUCCCACUGUAAAGGGUUUAAUAAUGAGUGCCUGACUAUAUUACAUGGGGGCUCUGCAACUGGGAAGAUUAAUUCAAAACUGCUGUUUUCAACAUUGAAUUUUUAUACUCAUUCACCAGUAACUAAAGGAAGUAUUAUUUUCAUUUCUUUAGAGCUUCUUCUAGAAGCGUUAUUCAAGCCUGGCCAACAUUUGAAUCCAGAGCACAAGUAUAAAUAUGUUUACCUGCUGGCGUAUGCUGCAUCUGUCCAUGAAACAUGGAUCGAGGUAGUCUGUUUGUAAAAAGUAAUAAAUUUAAUGAAUUGUUUAGCCAUGAAACACUUAAGAGCUCUCAAGAUCUUGAAUGUAUAAAGGUGCAAGCUCUCGCGGGGCUCCUUGGGGUUCCCUGGGGUGGGGGAGGGACGAGGGGAACACCCCAGCUAGAGUGCCCCGCAGAGCUUGCUAGCAGGUUAUGUAGAUCAAAUUGAAAUUUAGAAAUGUUGGUGUUUGAGGAGAAACGAAAACUGUAACCUUUUGGAGCAAGAAAGAGAAAUACAGUUGAACCCCUCCUUACGGACACCUGCUUAAUACGGAAAUCUCUGUAUUACGGACAGUUUGCUUUGUCCCUGGGGAAAACCCCUGAAUUUUCUCUAAAUUUAACCCGCUUAAUACAGACACUUGUUAAUGCGGACAACGGACACUUAUUAUUUCUUUCCCAGUCAACCGAUUCUCAUAGAAAGUCAACAUCGCUAAUGCAGACACUUCAUUAUCAAUUACUGUGAGCUGUAAUAGACCUUUCCAUUUUUGAAGAAAAAAAACUUCAGUUGACAGCAUGUCGAUGGUCCCAGCGCAACAGUACACCGGAUAGGAUGAUUUGUAGACGUCAAUUUAGACCAAUUUUGGCAUCAAACGAUUUAUGCUGAAAACGGUUUUGAUUAAGUAAUAUAUAGAUGAGAAAUUUUUACUGUUUCCGUGGAUUUAAGCAGCGGAAUGACGGCUUUGUGAAGUUUGGAGAUGUUUCAUUUGACGAUGCUUGUCACUGCUUUAAUAGUUUGUUCAAUUAAAAGGUGUUUUCUUCACCCCUGGAAUUAGAGUCCUAAGUCGCAUCGCUAGUGCUCUCUGCACUUUGCAGCUCUUGUUAAAAUAAUACUCUAAUAUAUUGCUGGUAUUUAAAAAAUAUUUUAUUGGUAACAGAAUCAUUUCCUCUCACAUGCCAAGAGUUUUCCUUCUUCUGUAGAAUGAAAGAGCAACACUCAACAGAGAUGAGCUUAAAACGACUUCUCAGGCUUUGGACAAAAUCCAUUCAUUAUGUGUACAGGAAACCAAGAAAGGCUCACAGUUGUUAGCUGAAGUUGGUGUCCUGUUCCAUUGUAUAAGGUACAGUAUAAUAACACAAAGUAGCUCAAGUCGGUUACAGAGUUCUUUGACCAGCAUGACUACAACCUCCUUUGCUCUAAUCACUCUUGUGCAGAACUAUUAGGAAAAAUUUUCACUAUCACGAGGUAACUUUGACUCAAGGUAAAAGCUGUCACUUGCGUUACACAUUCGAUAGUCUGAAAUAGAAUUUAUGAAAUGCCACAUAAUAGUAGUCUACAUUACUUGUUCAGAACUAGUAAAAGUUCAAUUUGGACCUUGUAAAAUAAUAGGACCGCUAGUCACUGGGCUGUUGCUAGGUGCUACAAGGUGAUCCUCCUUGGCUAGCAAAUUUGAAAUUUUGUUACCCCAAGGACCAUUCCUUGAACAAGUUUAUAUUAAACCAUUUUCUCCCCAACCGCCCUAUUCUCCUCCUGGUAACCUCCUGGCUUGCUUGUACUUUUCUCCAUUCUUCCAGCAAAACGUCCAGCUACACACGCUACCCAUACCUGCCCUUGUGGAACCGUGUCAAAAGUUGUAGCAGUCAAAGCCAACUUUGACGCAUUUGGUACAGGGGAAGAAGGGUUCUUAGCAUUUACUUUAUAAGGAAACCGGAAAUCCCGGAUGCAAAAUCAAAUGUUACGCGCCAUUCCGUUUGGGAAGCAUCAGAAAAUGUGGGCUGUAAUUUCAGGCGAUGAAAUUUUUCUACUCUUUUUAGUCUCUUCAGCUAAUUUAGACGUAUUUUGUAUCAGGUCGUUCUCCCACCUCGUCGAAUUUUAUAGAUUAAUUUUUAUGCACAAGAUUUCCAGCCGGGUGGUUUGUGUAAAUGGUAGGCAUCCUCCGUCAAACAGAUCCGAGAAAAUGCAAAAAAAAGAAAAAAAAACAUGUGAAGUUGACCGAAAAAAUUUCAGUGAGAGUUUGAACCACUAACCACCUUUACUUCCUUCAAAAUAUUUCCACAGUUCUUGGAGUUUCCGUGAGAAACUCUUGACGCUUAAAUAAAGCCUAGAAAAAACCUGAGAAAAAGAAAAAAAGCGAAAGACGCGGAAAGGAAAGAAAAGCAUAAGGCAAAAGUCAAGGGGCGAUCGUCACUUUUGGUUCAAAUUGGACAAAUUGAAAUUUUCUCUACACCUGCUCGAACUUCGAAAGGAGGGACAAAAGCUAGCGUAUUCAGUAAUUUGUGAACAACAUGUGAGGCAUCUGUGGUUCUCUUUGGCUAUAAAGUGGGAAAUUGACCAAAAAUAGCUUGACUGGCUUCAAACGGCGUUUUUCUGCAGAUGUUUGUAGAGUGAAUGGGUUAAGUGGAGCAGUUUGAGGAUUUUGCCAUACUUUGAGCUUGACUGUUAGUGAGAAGGUCAAAAUAGCUUUCAUUUAACAAGUGCCGUUUUGUAGGUUUCCUGUGGUGGCCAUGGGUUUGUUAAAGUGGGUAGACUGUACCGUGUCUGACCCAUCAUUCUUCAAGCUUCUCACUGACUCAACACCAGUCCACUUGGCUUUACUGGAUGAGGUAAGGUGUAUUUUGGUAGAGUGGGAAUUGGGCAAAGCUUUUUCCUUCCUUGUUGCAGUCGAACCUUACUUACGUGUACGUCCUUAGCAACAGAAAAAGUGUCCGCUUAAUGCUCUAAGCCCCAAUAUUGACAUGUAAAUUCUCCAGACUGAUCUCCAUUCAUUUCCUUAAAGAACUAGUUGAGAGAAUUUGUUGAAAGAUCAAAGCAUUUUCCCUUAGGUGACCAUUCCAUUAAUCCUCAUAUCCUCUUGUCUUGAUUAUUACCGCAGUUUGAUCGUACUUUGAUUUUUUUUUUUAGUUUUUUUUUUUAAUCAUCCUUAGCAUGAGACACUAUUAUAAGUAACGUGGUAGUGGUUAGACACUUCAAGUACAUUUUUGUGACGAGUCCUAUUUUUUUAGGUUCAUCAAUGUCACGUGUUUGAAUAAAGCUUUUCACUUUUUUUACUUCACUUUCAUUCUGUUUAAAAGGCUAAAAUGGCUCGUCACGCAAUCCGCCACAACCCAUGUUGUGUGACGAGCCCAAAGAGGAGACUAUCAAAACUAUAUCGAAACAGUAUCACUUUUCCUUUCCUCUUUCUUCAUCUGCCACCAUCCCAUGAAACUCCUCUUCAUAUACACUGUUUACACGUAGCUAUUACGACACCUGAAGGAGUUUCAUGAGUUUAUCCCUAUAUUAAGAUCUCUCCUUACAGAUAACCCAUCCACACCAGGAAAGGUUGGCCACACCACCGCAGUUCACGUCCCCUACUCUUUUCGAACAGUGGUGUGCAAGGCUGUGCUCUUAAAAAAAAUUGAAGGGAGCCUAGUGCUCUGAACUUGUGAAAUUCAGUGUGCCCAGCAUACGAUUUCUAUGAAAAAGCUGAGAUUUUCUAGUCCCCUGAGAAUAACAAUUAGGCGCCACGGGCCACCGGGCUCUGCUAGAGCACAAUCUUGGGUGUGGCUUCUUUUGACCCAGUGGAUGUUCUCGUUGAGAGUUAAACAAAAGGACUAAGGGCAAGAAUUUAAGGCGAGAGGGAUAACGGGUAGAGACAGCUUAAUUCUCAUUUCCUGUUCUUUGACUCCCUGCAGAUCAGUUCCUGUCAUGUUCUUCAGCAUCGCUUGGUACUUAACGUUCUGAUCCGACUGUUUGAGUCCCCCACCCCGCUGGAUACUUUAGUGGAGGUAUGAGUUUUUUUAUUACCAUAAAUAUUAGAUUCUAGGAUGAGCGCGACUUCGAGGACGAGAUUUAACUUAAGGUUUUUUUGCGUAUGCUAAAAAAAAAAAAACCAGACAGCUUCAUUGCACGUUUUUCUCACCAGAAAAGUUGAAGAAGAAUGUCGUUGUCAAAUUAUUCUUGUUGGAGGCAAAGUUUUUUAACUUGAGAAUUCUGUCAAAGCCGAGUACCAUUGUUAAAGUUGUGGCACGUACUUUAGAGCCGCGAAUUAUUGCCAAAAUCAUCACCGGUGCCUCUUUUUCACCAAAGGCCUCAAGCUGAGUUUUAGAUUUCUACUUUUUAGGAACACAAAAAAGUUAGCUACAGAUUGCUCGAGAAAACAAUAAUUACAGCCUUAAUUACUUAUUGCACAGCACUAUUACAGAUCGCAGGCAAAAAUUUCGGUGUAAAAUUUGUAUAGGUUAGUGAAGCAUUCGGUGUGCUAAGAACAGUUGAUUUAAUACUUGUAUAUUAGUAGAUUCUCAUUUAGCGUGGCCGAAAGGAAAUCAUAUUUUUCUAUUCACUAUGUACAACUUAAGUUGAUCAGCAGAGAUAGAAAAAGAAACAUUCGAGAGGCUAGUUAGGCAAUACUGUUGUUCAAAACGAGAGCUUGUUGGAAAUCAAACCGGCCUUACAUCCUCAGAAGUUAUUUCAUUAUUCCAUUACCUACAAGCACGAAAUAGUUUCAGUUGUGUCUAUUCUCUCGUAAGUGAUCUCCACAUGCACUAAACUAAGUUACAGUAAAGGUAUUCUUUCUUUUCUCAAAUCCUUUCUCUGUGACGCUCGACCUAAAGGCAGUCUGGAGUGCUGCGUUAGUUUAACAGAUCUUUCCCGUGUUGAUUUCGAGGAAUUCGCCGCUCUCGUUCUCUUGUGGUUUGUUCUCGGAGUUCCCCACCGGGGAACUGAAAAGUUGGAGUUUUCCGGGCUUUGCCUUAUCUGUUGCAGAGCUUCCAAGCUGCUUAUUAAUCGGUUGUGCUUUUCUGUGACGUCACCUCUUACAGAAGGUCCAAUUCUUGAAUGAGAGCGGAGUCGGUGUGAAUAGAUGUCUGUUUUUUCUUCUUCUGUGUAACACGGUUUUUCUGAUGUUUCUGAUGAUAUUUCCGCAACUUCGACUACAUCAGUUUCCUCUGCCGCCGUCAUUGCUCUUUUUGUAAUUUUUGCUGGUUGUCCUUGAGCAUCUGCAAGGUUGUUGCUCUGCAGUUCUGCACCCUGGUCUGCCGGUAUUUUAAAACUUUUCACGGCUAUGCCAGGGGAUUUCGAUGAAAAGCUAUGAUUGUAUGGAAACGUUUCUUCUGUUUCACGAAUUUUACCGUUUAAAGUCUUCGUCACGGGACCGUUCUCUUUCACUUGUGAGGAAGUUACUGUUGUUUCUGAAGUGAUAGCUGGUGUCUCUGUGGUGAAAAAUGGUACCUCUGUGCAAGGGUUUGCACACGUACCUGAGUAGCAUUUUUCUUCAGUUAUUCCUGUCCAAUCAGGUAGCAAUUUGUUUACUGUCAUGCAUCCAAUAGCAUUUUUCUGAACACUGUGAUCGAAGACUGUGUAAAGUGGCAAAUCAGUACUUGUGUUCAUGUAAUUUACUGAUUCCAUAGGCGUGUCAAAGUUUCGCUUACUUGUACCUUUAGUUCUAAACUUCCUCUCGAAAAGUAGACUGUCUUUGCUAUCCUCUUCUCCACGAAGAUGUUCUCGGUCAUGUGAAUUAAUCAGGAACUUUUCGCUUUUAACAACACUUGGGCAAUUUAUCUUGGGGUUUCUAUUCAAUGCACCCUCUUUCUCGUUUGUCUUGUUACUCCUCAUUUUUAUGUCUUUGUUUUUUGUGACCCACUGUGCUGUAAACAGUCGAGGCUUCUGGCAUGGUUGUUUCUCGUCUUUUGUUUUUUGGCUUUGUGUGACCUCUCCCUUGAAAUAAUUUCUUUUGACCUGUGACUUUUCGCCGCUGACUGGAGACUCUGUAUUCUCUAAAGGCCAAGAGGACCCGGUAACACAUCCGAUUUUCAACGUUGCGUUUUGUUGGAGGUGAUAGUUUGUGUCCGCGUUGGGUUGAUGAUUUACAGCAGUCUUGGUCGCGUUAUUGUGAACAGUUUCAUCCUUACGAUUGCUGUCGCUGAGAAGACUGCAAAUUACCGCAGAGCGGAAUUUCUGCAAAGUUCGGGCAGCAAGUUUCCAUAAAAGGAAAGCGAGAAUCUCUCCGGCAGCGAAAGCGACAAAAGGAGUUAAGAACAGAAAGUCUAAAGCAUGACUGAAAAAGCUUCGCUUUCUUGUCUGUGAGUCCAUAUGCUUUAAUCCAUGACUGACAAAGCUGAUUCCUCGUUUGUGACGUCAUUUUGAAUGGUCACUCGCGGCAGCUGAAAUGCGCGCGCCAUUUAAAACAACCGUCAACAUAGGUUUUCGUCACUGGCCUAAAGAUAGGCCGAAUUAGCCUUAACGUCAAAUGAGAAGGUGGAAGCGACGGAAAGAACGUAAUGCGACUUUCGGUGCUCAAUUCACCAUUCUGCCAUUGGUCUAGCCCGAGAAAAAAGCCGCUUUUUCGCUACGCUACCACUAGUUUCCUCACGAAAUGACGUCUGAGAAACAGGCGCAGAAAUUCCAUACUGAUGACGCACUACGCAGAUUUGGGUAGUGCUUCUGAUUGGUUGUGCGUCGGCCAUUCAGAAGCACUUUCCAGAUCUGGGUAGUGACGCGUCAUCAGUAUGGAAUUUCUGCGCUCGUCCUUAGGACAUCAUUUCGCGGGGAAACUAGUGGUGGCGUCUUGAAGUGUGGGCUGCUUUCUCAGACUGCCAUUGGUGUAGCCGGUUAUUUCGUUGCUAAAUCUGCCUAGCCUUUUUAUUACUUGUACGCCACCACCUCACGAAUUCCGAGAUAAGCUUGAGAACAAAAACCUUUCACCAAAUGUGCGUUUUCAGUGGUAUAUUGCAAACAGUCGUAAACCAUGCGAAAACGCAAGUGCGGACUUGAAGCUUUUGAUUCGUUUGUUUCUUUUAAAUUAAGUUGUUUAUUAAAACGAAAGACUGAGCUAUCGUUCAAAUUGACUAAAUGAUUUUUUUUCUGCCUGAGAUUACUGGGUAGGCUGUCCUUGAAGACCUAGUACCCGAAGUAUUGCAAGAGGUUACUAAAUCUGUGUCGGCUUACUUCAUUUCCAGCUCGAGUUCAAGAAAACAGUUCUGGAUCGAAUGAUACAUUUGUUGAGUAGAGGUUAUGUGGUUGCUGUCAUCAGUUAUAUUAACAGCUGUUUGGAGAAGCAAAACACGGAUAAUUCGCUCAUCAGGCACUUUGUUACUGAGGUGAGUCUUAUGAUAAGGUACGAAUGACACAGCGUAGAUUUCACGGAUCAGUCGGAAACAGCCCAUCUACCCCUCCCCUAAUUUAACAUUUUCCCCUACCUAAGACGUUAGUUUCAACUUUGGAUUAAGGGAGGGGUAGUUGGGCUCUGUCACAGGAUCUCUUAUCUUACCUAUCCGCUCUAUGUUAGCCUCACUCCCUCCGCAGGAUGGGGUGGGGCCGGUUAAUACAACUUAAGCACUUUCUCUUCCCAGGUUCUUGAAAUGAUUGCUCCUCCAUACUCACCCGAGUUCAUCCAGCUUUUCCUUCCCAUCGUGCGCAAUGAGGAGAUCACGGGACGUUUGCGUAGUGCUGAUCGAACAGAUGAUGUUUCUCUGUUUUUAGGUGAGUUUAAAGGGCAUCGAUAUUUCAGAUGGCUCCAAGGCUCGGUCUACAGCCAUUGUAAAUUAGGGAAAGUGAAGGUGGAGUUUCUGUAAGGAGCAUUAAGCUCUUGGACACACCAAAAGUAAUGAAAUAGGGUAGACUAACCACAUUGUCGACUGAGCGUGUCAUGGGGACGUCAACUUGUAAAAUGAAGUCUUGUUAAUACGACCAGAGAAUUACUGAGAUUGAGUGUUUUUUUACGGUUGGCCUUAGAAAAGUGUUCUAAAUAAUCAGGUGAUGCUACAAAAACGGGACGGUCAUUGGGUGUUGUUCCAUUGUAAUCUUUAGAUUUAACUUAUGAUUUUGUGGACUGAAACGUCUGGUAAUAAUUAUUUUAAAGCUCAGUUAACUAAGAUUGGAAAUUUUGAGAUUCCAGGUACACAUCAUUAUGGAACAAAUACUUCUUUCACAUUAUUCCAAAUAGCAGUACCAGAAAAAUGCAAAUUAAUGUUGCCACAAUUAUUUCUAACUUGAUAUUUAUAAUUGGCACUGUUGGCUAAAGAAAUUGUAAUUUUUUCAUGUUUCAUUCUUUCUUUUCAGCUCAUUGUGCUCAACAGGCGGGAGUGUAGUUCAAACCCGCUGACACCACGGCAAUCACCCUACAGAUUUGAGCUACGCCAGAGUCUUGACACCUCUGCACGGCUGCAUGUAACACUGGCUAGCCUGUUCCAGGCGUUCAGAUAGUUGAGCGCGGGAGAAGAAUUCACGAAGAAAAAAAAAAACGAGGGGGGACUAGAGGGGGAAAGGGAGAGGGAACUCUCGCUCUCGCCCCCCCUCGUCCCCCCCCCCGUUUUGCCGGUGUACAACUUAACUCGCUCCCCACUGACCGCCGCGCUCUACUAUCUGAACACCUGGAACAGGCUAAACGCUGGCAGAUCUAAUUUCCAAUAACCGCCAUCUUUGCACGCGCCUAAGGACUAAUGGGAUGAAAGCAAUGUCACGUGGUUUCUCGGAGGGCAAACAAGUGAUAAAAGCUGCCAGUCGAAGAAAUCGCUGUCGAGUUUGUUUAUUCUAGACAACAGAAAAUGAGGAACUUUUUAUCUUAAUGGCGAUGAUGGUAUAUUAUGGGUGGAAGUGAUGAUUGCUACUUUUUUGAAUGCAGUAGUGACGUUAGAUUUCUUCACAGCAAGUCUAAAACGUCGUCUUGUGUUGAGAGAACGAACGCGACCGCGAUCAGUCGUAUUGGAAAAUUUUAUAAUUUGUUUGCCUCUUGAAAUACCACGUAACACUGCUUUUAUCCCAUCAAUCCUAAAGCGCGUGCAAAGAUGGCGAGUAUAUCAUGAAUAAGGUCUUCUUCAGAUGAACCCUCGCUCCCAGGGUUCUCAGGGGACGGAAAGAAGAGAGACCCUGGGUACGAGGCAAAUUUUCUGCCACUAUUUCCUUUGUUAUCCAAAAUUCCCCAAUUUUUGCUCAAUAUAUCCAAACCUAAAAGAAACGUUGUAUGCCACACACCUGAAAUCAUGUGAAAGAUACCGUAUACCCAUUUUUAAAAAAAUAUAUGACGUAAAAAAAAAGUCUGUAUACCUUACACCCCCAAACCGUCGGCCAAGCUGACUUUCUAGUACGGUAUCACCGAUAACACGGCCGAAGAUGGAUUAACACUGGAAGAACGAAGAGAGCUUGAGAAAAUCACUCGAAACACACGAAAAGGCUGUAAAAACUCCCACCUAAUUUAAAGUUGCUUCGCGGUGCAACCGGGCCUUGGGAAGCAGAUUAGUGUGAACAGUCUUUGAUCUAAUUUAGUUUCCAUCUAUAAAGCCCACAUACAAGUCCUUUGAGAUACAGACUAACUUUAAGUAAAAAAUGUUGUACAUAGCUUUACAUGUUAUGAGAGUUUCUUUAUUAAAAAUAUAGACAGAUUUUUAGUUGUAGGGACUUUGUAACGGUGUACUUGUCCAUUUCUUUUAAUUUUGUCAAUUGCUCACCCUUACUCGCGGAAGACUAUCAAUAUUUGCUGCUCCUACAAAUAUCUAAAUAAAUAAAUAAAUAAAUGAAUGAAUAAAUAAAUAACGAUUUAGAGGUAGCAUUUCCACAAAAUGGUUCUUCGUCUACCUGAUUCCUGGUAGAACUGGAAUUUGGAAAUGUUGGUUUUUGAGGAAGGUUUAAACCACAGAUUCCGGGGAAAAAGCUCUCUGAGCAAAGGACGGAACCAGCAACAA